CGUCGUCGCAAUUGUCGUUGCGUUGAUCUUGCACCGAAGGAAUCAGAGAAUAGAAUACCAUGGGUAUUACACGUGAGGGACGCCACAAGCGUCGCGAGACCGGAGGUCGCCGCGCCAAGUUCCGCAAGAAGCGCAAGUUCGAGUUGGGCCGUCCCGCCGCCAUGACCAAGAUUGGUGAACCACGCAUUCAUCCGGUCCGAUGCCGCGGAGGUAACAUGAAAUUUCGGGCACUACGGUUGGACAGCGGUAACUUCUCUUGGGGAACCGAGGUUUGUACGCGCAAGGUCCGUGUGUUGGAUGUCACUUACAACGCCUCGAAUAACGAACUCGUCCGUACCAAGACGCUUGUCAAGGGCGCUAUUGUGCUAAUUGACGCCCAUCCUUUCAAGAAUUGGUAUGAUUCUCACUACGGCGUCACUAUCGGUUUGAAGAAGACGGGUGGAGAGGAUCGUACUCAACCUUCCGUCGAUCUUACGGAGAAGUCAACCCAAGUGCAAAAGAAGCUCAAGUCUCGCCAAGCGAAUCGCUCGCUUGACUCAGUUUUGGACCACCAGUUCGCAUCAGGGCGCCUUUUGGCCAAGAUUACCAGCCGACCGGGACAGACAGGACGUUGUGAUGGAUACAUCUUGGAAGGCGCUGAACUUGCUUUUUACCAAAAGCAAAUGGCAAAGAAAUAAAGAUAAGAAUAUCUCAUUGUGAACAUCUAAUGAUUUACCAAUUUU